GUGUCCUGUUCGCGCUCAUUCUUGACCCAGUGCUGCGGUGUAUAAAGGCCUCGCAGUCCCAGAUAGAGGUAUGUCUGACGGCGCUCGCCGACGACAUUGCACUGGUCUGUGCCGAUGUGCUUUUAUAUUUUCCCACUGUGCUCCGCCUGCAUGUUUGCUCAGGUAAUUCCACUGGCCUUGUUCUGAACGUAAACAAGUGCAUCCUGUUGAUGAUUAACCACGCGAACAAAAACGGCAUCAAGAAAAUGUACCAGGACAUUCGGGUCAACAUUGUCGAAUUCAAGAUUCAGAAGAGCGCCGUGUACCUAGGAGUCACCGUAGGCCACGAUGCUGCACAGGAUGCUUGGCGCGGACCCAUUACCAAGUUCGUGUCCCGCACUCAGGAAGUCAAAGAGCUCGGUCAGAGUCUUACGCAAAGCGUCGUGGCCUACAACGUGUACGCUGCUCCUGUUUGUAGUCACGUUGCGCAGUUUCAGCCGCUCCCGAAGUUCUGCCAG